AUGGCUCAUUGCGAGCGGGCAUCUAAGCCGCUGCUUCAAUGCCUUCGCAACACAUAUACUAGAGGCCUGCCGGCCAUUCAACUCUCUGCACGCGGCUUCCACUCCACGGCAGCCGUCGGAGAGGCUCAACCAGACAGCCAACCAUUCUACAAGUCUCCGGAUCCGGAACUCGUCUCAAGUCCCCGGUUGGAGAGACGUUUGAUGCGACAGGGAACCACCCCCGUCGGAUCUCGUCGUCGCCGUGCUGCGCUGCAGGGUUCUGCCAACCUCCCCUUCGAGCAAUUGCCCUACCAAUGUUUCCAGGAAGCGCGACAAAUUCUGCUUGCCGAUCGUGCAGAGAAAUUGGAAGAGAUCGAGAAGAUGAGGCAAAGAAUUGCAAGAGUGGAGGCUUUGUCUCCUGAAGAGGCUGGAGGCGAGAACUCGAAGAAGUCCCGCGUGCACGCGAUGCAACAGCAUUUGGAGCAGCUCAAGAUUCAUGCCGACAUCAAUGAUCCGUUGGUCAAGCGCAAAUUUGAAGAUGGUCAAGGCGAUAUGAGCAAGCCUAUCUACCGCUUCCUGGCCGACCGCAAGUGGCGCGAGUAUCGCCGCAAGAUUCUGGUGCAGCGUAUUACACAGAUGAAGGUUGUUCCUGACGUCUUGCCCCAUUGCGAACCUACGGUCGAUACCAAGCUGUACUUUAACUAUCGCCAAGUCCAACCUGGAGAUUUCGUUGAGGCGAAGAACAGCAUUAGCGCACCUAAGUUGGAUGUGCAGCUUUUCGAGCGUGGAGAGAAGCUAGUCACCAUCGCGGUCGUCGACUCUGAUGUUCCUAAUGUUGAGACGGACAGCUUCGAUUAUAAGACACACUACCUUGCCGUCAACGUGCCCAUCUCGGCCGUCAACACUAAGGUCGAUCUCUCAAAGCUUUCCGAAGAGUCUCAGGUUGUCCUCCCCUGGCUUCCCCCUGUUGCCCAGAAGGGUAGCCCUUACCACCGUCUCUCCUUGUUCAUUAUGGAGCAGAAGGACUCCCAGCCGCUUGACUUCGCGGCCGUUAAGGCCAAGGAGACCGACCGGGACAACACUCUUCUCCGCACCCUCCAGGCCCGCUAUCACCUCAAGGCCAUUGGUGCGCACCUGUUCCGUACCCAGUGGGACGACACUACUUUGGAGGUAAUGAAGCAGAUCGGAUUCAACGAAGCCGACGUCGAGUUGCGCCGGAAGAAGGUCGAGCCUCUCCCUUACAAGCGGAGAAACCCUUCUUCCUUCCGGUAG